AUGAGUAUUACGAGACUCACCUCCGCCUGCAUCACGAGCACCGGAUCUUCAGCAACACCUCGCCGUUUCCUGUCUACCACUACCAACAUGGAGCGCGUGGUACUCCUCUUCCUCGUCCUCCUCUGUAAGCGACACUUUAUUGUAGCGCUGCCACCAGCGGGGUUCUGCCUGUUUUGGGCGGUUUCAUGCCUAACACUUCCCUCGCUUGUUUCCUCUGCUGCCUGCCCGCCAGGUGCGGCGCUCUUCACUGCGGCCGCGUCUGCAUCACUUCUCUCGCCACUCCUCCCACGCGGUGGCGACAGCGUUUCUCCCGCGUCUGUCGCCCAGGCCAGGCCUUUGGUUUGGCAAGGGAAGACGAUCUUUAAGUACGCGGUCAAGCUGCAUCCCACAAAGAUCAAUGGAAAGCUAGUCGGAGACAAAGGUGCCUUGGGGAAAUACAUCGUGAAGGCAGUGAGGUACUCAGCAACGUCAUACUACAUCAAAUAUACCGUCGACAUCUUGAACAUCAGGUCUGGCGGCGAGGCUCCUACCUUAAGUGGCGGAAAAUCUUGUGCUGCCACUGUGCUAGGCCAAGCUGGUGUACCUUGGACGAACAUCACGAGUGAUAAGACUGGUCGCCGCAAGCGCUACAGCUUCACUUUCACAGGGGGCGUAUGCCGCUACCAUCUAGUCGCCUUCUGUCCCAACGAUCUCUUUCCCAACACGCGCUCCGACCUGGGUCCGUGCCCGCGCGUGCACGACGACGCGCUGCGGGAGGAGUUUCUGGCGUCCACUAAGGUGGCGCAGUUCGAGGCGGAGCUCUUAGCUUACCUGGAGCGGCUUAUAGCGGAUCUCGAACGCAAGAUCAAGCGGUGCCACGAGCGCCUGGACAAGGAGCUGCCUGCGGGGCAGGGCGCAGCGGUGCACGCGGAGCGCAUCAGCGCCAUCGGCGCGCAGGUGCAGGCGCUGCUGCGCCAGGCGGAGCUGGAGGGCGAGCAGGGGCUUGUGGACCGCGCCCAGGCCACCAUGGGGAAGGUGGAUGCAUUGAACCGUGAGAAGGAGGCUCUCCUGCGCUCGCAAGUGCCCGACCCCAUCGCCUCCUCCGUCAUCCAAAAGGAGAAGCGCCUGCAGGUGUGUGAGGUGUGUGGUGCCAUGCAAGCCAACACAGACACGGAGAAGCGACUAGCCUCACACCUUGACGGCAAGCAACACCUCGGCUAUGCUAGGAUCCGCGAGACAGCAGAGAUGCUGAGGAAGAAGAGGGAGGAGGAGAGGGAGAAGAGGCGGACGCAGAUGGGGUUGAAUGAUGCAGUCGAGGGUAGGGAGGAGCGGCAGGAGGAGGGCAAGGAGGGCAGCCAAGGGCGGGCCGAGGUGAACGGGGAGCAAGGCGCAAGGGGCAAGGGUCGUGACGAUCAGAGAAGGUGA